CCGGGAGAGGAAGGGGAAGGGGCGGGGCGUCCGGGCCCCGCUUCCGGCUGCGGGUUGGUCCGCCGCUUGGGGCCAGCGGGCAGCCGCGAGAAGCGAAUGACCUCUGAUACCUUGAUGUAGAAACAACCACACCUAAGAUGUCCCGCCACUUGAAAUUUAUCGCCCGGACGGUGAUGGUCCCAAACAACAAUGUGGACGGCGCCUACCAGGUUCUCAACAGGAUCCUAACCAUAGAUGGCAUCAUCGACGAGGCCAAGAGGCGCCGGUAUUAUGAGAAGCCUUGCCGCAAGAGGCAGCGGGUGGCCUAUGAGACGUGCCGGAGGAUCUAUAACCAGGAAAUGACCCGCAAGAUUAAUUUCCUCAUGCGGAAGACUCGUCCAGACCCUUGGCUUGGCUGUUGAGCUUGAAGUCUUCGCAGAGGGAGACUUCGGCAAAACUGCUCUUUGAUUUGUUCCCUUGUUUGCUUUCUGAACAAAGCUGGCAGAGAGGAUGGCGGCCCUGUUUUCCCCCGUCAGUAGGAUCUUUUUGACACUGGGUUACCAGCUUUUAUUUAGACAUGAAAAUGUGUAAAGUGAAUAAAAGCAAUGUUUUGUAGCAUUCGCCAAUACCAAGAUUAGUUAGUACCUCCUUAACUACUUGGCGAAACCAUUUCUUGGUCUUUCCUGAAGCAAACCAUGCCUGCUUGAUUUUUUAAAUGCUUUCUAAAUAGAGGGAAGGUUAGAGGGGAGGUUGAAAGAGGUAGUCCAUCAGGCAGACAAUACUAUUGAGAUUUCUGCAUGCAGGUACAUUUAUUUGCAUGGGAGAGCAUUUUUUAAAAAUGGGGUCUCCUUCACUUGUAGCCUGAAGGCACAGAGUCAAGGAAAGCCAUUGUCAUUCACUUGAGCUGUCCAACCUUCACCAGGCAUUUUAAAGGAUUUCUCUUCUCGCAGCUAAUAAAAUGUUACCUACAUUUUAAAGCC